AUGACACUAUUCUUCGUGGAGACGAGCUGCAGCCUGAUUGGCUGGAUGACUCUGUAUACGUUACUCUGUCACCUAAACGACGGACGAAGCUAUGAAUGGAACUGCAGGCUAGUGACACUCUUCCACGGGAUCCUCAUCGUGUGCCUGACUGCUUACAUAGGCUUCAUUGAUGGACCAUGGCCCUUCACACACCCAGGCUCUGAAAACAAACCCCUUCAGAUCCUGGCCCUGAUCCUGAGCCUGGGCUACUUCAUCUUCGACAUGGCAUGGUGCGUCUACUUCCGCGCCGAGGGUCCGGUCAUGUUGGCGCACCAUACCAUGAGCGUCCUGGGCAUCAUGCUGGCGCUUGGCCUGGGCGAGUCUGGCAUCGAGACGUGUGCCGUGCUGUUCGGCAGCGAAAUCACCAACCCGCUUCUCCAGGCCCGCUGGUUCCUCAAGAAGGCAGGUCGGUACGAUGGCGUGGCCGGAGACGGCGUCGACCUGCUCUUCAUUUUGCUGUUCGCUUUCGUGCGGAUCGGAGUGGGCAGCCGAAUGCUUUACUGCGAACUCGCUUCGCCGAAACCCUCGCUCCUCGUGAAAGCGGGGGGCGUGGCCAUCUAUGCCGUCUCCUGGGUCUUCAUGGUGGACAUUGCCCGCUUCGCUUGCAAAAAAAGUCGUGCCAAGUACAAGCGGUGGAAAGAGCAACACGACCCGGACCAUGCCAACGGGCAUGCCGGCACCCUGAAGUAG